AGGAGCAACACAGGGACUGACAGAUCAAGCCAGGUAGGGCUGCAGAGCAAAGGCACAUGCAUACUGCCUGCACACACAUGCAGAUACAAGCAGGUGCUGGUUUCACACACUGAAAUUCAAGUUGGCGUAAGAGGUAGUGACUGAAAGCAGUAGUAGUUCUGCUGGUGCAGAACCUUCUCCCUUAAAAGAAGAAGGCGCUGAAGUCAGAACUCUUCAUCUGCUGUUGAAUAAUCUGUCAGGAAAAGCAUCACAAUCAUGAAUGGACCAGUGGAUGGCUUAUGUGAUCACACGCUGGACGAUGAGGGGGCUUUCAUGUUCACAUCAGAGUCUGUAGGAGAAGGACAUCCAGAUAAAAUCUGCGAUCAAAUCAGUGAUGCUGUACUAGACGCCCAUCUCAAACAGGACCCAAAUGCCAAGGUUGCUUGUGAGACAGUGUGCAAGACAGGGAUGGUGUUGCUGUGUGGGGAGAUCACGUCUCUUGCUAUCGUGGAUUAUCAGCGAGUUGUCCGAGAUGCAAUUAGACAUAUUGGCUAUGACGAUUCAGCUAAAGGCUUUGACUACAAGACUUGUAAUGUUUUAGUGGCACUGGAACAGCAGUCGCCUGAUAUUGCCCAGGGUGUUCAUCUACACAGGAAUGAAGAGGAUGUUGGUGCUGGAGAUCAGGGUUUGAUGUUUGGCUAUGCAACAGAUGAGACAGAAGAAUGUAUGCCUCUGACGAUUAUUCUUGCUCAUAAACUGAAUGCCAAGCUGGCAGAGUUGAGGCGCACUGGAGAACUUCCUUGGCUGAGACCGGACUCUAAGACACAGGUCACUGUUCAGUAUAUCCAAGAGAAUGGAGCAGUUAUCCCAGUGCGUGUCCACACCAUUGUGAUAUCUGUUCAGCACGAUGAAUCCAUUUCUCUGGAGACUAUGCGCAAAACCCUGAAGGACAGUGUGAUUCGAGCUGUUGUUCCUGCAAAAUACUUGGAUGAGAAGACUAUUUAUCACCUUCAGCCUAGUGGACGCUUUGUAAUUGGAGGACCUCAGGGUGAUGCUGGUGUUACUGGUCGGAAGAUCAUCGUGGAUACUUAUGGUGGAUGGGGAGCCCAUGGAGGUGGAGCCUUCUCUGGCAAAGACUAUACCAAAGUGGACCGCUCAGCAGCAUACGCGGCCCGCUGGGUGGCCAAAUCCCUUGUGAAGGCUGGGCUCUGUCGCCGUGUUCUGGUUCAGGUUUCUUACGCCAUUGGAGUAGCUCAGCCGCUGUCCAUUUCACUGUUCACUUAUGGAACAUCCCAAAAAACAGAGAAGGAGCUCCUGGACAUCGUGCACAAAAACUUCGACCUUCGGCCCGGAGUCAUUGUCAGGGAUUUGGACCUAAAAAAGCCCAUUUAUCAAAAGACUGCAUGUUAUGGUCAUUUUGGGAGAAAUGAAUUCUCAUGGGAGAUACCAAAGAAACUUGCAUUUUGACAAUAACCGUCUACCUUUAAAACAAAGGGAAGUCCAAUAACACUGAAGCUACUUCCAGAAAUCAAAUUUUACGGCUAUGUAUUCAACAAAAAGAGUUUCAGAUUUUAAAUGGAAAGAAAGAAAAUGUUAUUUUCAUGGAGAUUGAUUUUUUUAGCCCUCAAUAUCUUUCAUUAUCUAAGAUAUAAAAGGCAGAGUCUGGAUUUUUUAUCAGCAGAAUGCAACAAAAUAGGUUAUUUUUUAUUGCUGCUCUGUUGUUCUUUUGUGAUAAAAGCAGAACAUGACUCAGGUACACAAACCGUGGCUGAACCUCAAAUCUUGCAUGGGCAAUGGGUCAGUAGAUCUCUUGCUUCUGAUUACACAGUGGGAAAUUCUGGGGUCCAAUUUCCUUACCAGAGUUAACACUGAAUAUGUCUGUGGGUCAUUUUAAUGGAAGAAGGCUGAAUAUUGCAUAAAUCUAUCUCAGCCUUUUCUGUACAAGGUGUUAUCAUAUGCAUAAUAUUUAAAUCUUCAUGGGGUAUGUGCUGUUACUGCUAUGUUUC